UCUGCAGUUCCUAUUAGAAUAACGUGUCAGCAUCUGAGCCUCGGGGAAGAGUGUGUGUGAGUUCCUCCAUCAUAAAGGAAGAGGAAAAUGGACUCAGCUCCAGAUUGCAGCAGCCACCUGCAUUUUGAAUCCAUGGCAGUACUGUUGAUAUGGUUGAUUCCUUUUUAUGGGCAGGAAGUUGUCGCAGUUUUCAAUCGUCAGAUUACCUUUUGUAAUGGCUGAGUCACUAUCCUCAAUAUUUCUGUUCUUUUUGUCUAGGAUCCAAACUACUGGAUACAGGUGCAUCGCUUAGAACACGGAGAUGGAGGAAUAUUGGACCUUGAUGACAUUCUUUGCGAUGUAGCAGAUGAUAAAGACAGACUGGUGGCUGUGUUUGAUGAGCAAGACCCCCAUCAUGGAGGCGACGGCACCAGUGCCAGCUCCACAGGUACCCAGAGCCCAGAGAUAUUUGGUAGCGAGCUCGGCACCAACAAUGUUUCCGCCUUUCAGCCCUAUCAAGCAACAAGUGAAAUUGAGGUCACACCUUCCGUCCUUCGUGCAAAUAUGCCUCUGCAUGUCCGGCGAAGCAGCGACCCAGCUUUAAUUGGCCUCUCAACUUCUGUCAGUGAUAACAACUUCUCCUCUGAGGAGCCUUCAAGGAAAAACCCCACGCGCUGGUCCACGACAGCUGGCUUCCUCAAGCCGAACACUGCCGGGAGCCCUAAGAGCUGCGACAGGAAGAAAGAUGAGAACUACAGAAGCCUCCCGCGGGAUACUAGUAACUGGUCUAACCAAUUUCAGAGAGACAAUGCUCGCUCGUCUCUGAGUGCCAGUCACCCAAUGGUGGACAAGUGGCUGGAGAAGCAAGAACAGGAUGAAGACGGGACAGAGGAAGAUAACAGCCGUGUCGAGCCAGUGGGACACGCUGACACUGGCUUGGAGAAUGUACCCAACUUUUCUCUGGAUGAUAUGGUAAAGCUCGUACAAGUCCCCAACGAUGGAGGGCCUCUGGGAAUCCAUGUGGUCCCUUUCAGUGCUCGAGGAGGCAGAACCCUGGGGUUAUUAGUAAGACGAUUGGAGAAAGGUGGUAAAGCGGAGCAAGAAAACCUUUUUCAGGAGAACGACUGCAUUGUCAGGAUUAACGAUGGCGACCUCCGAAACAGAAGGUUUGAACAAGCACAACAUAUGUUUCGCCAAGCCAUGCGUACACCCAUCAUUUGGUUCCAUGUGGUUCCCGCGGCAAAUAAAGAGCAGUACGAACAACUAUCCCAAAGUGAGAAGCACAAUUAUUACUCGAGUUGCUUCAACGCUGACAGCCAGUACAUUGACAGCAGGAGCGUGAACAGCACGGGGCUCCCCGCGGUGCCCCGAGCACCCCGACCAAGCCACAUGGAGCAGCCGGACUCUCACCCACGACUACCUCACAGCGCACACCCCUCUGGAAAACCACUACCCGCUCCCACCCCAGCACCCCAGAAUGUAUUUAGUACCAAUGCAAGCAGUGGUUAUAACACCAAAAAAGUAGGCAAGAGGCUCAAUAUCCAGCUUAAGAAAGGUACAGAAGGUUUGGGAUUCAGCAUCACUUCCAGAGACGUAACAAUAGGUGGCUCAGCUCCAAUCUAUGUGAAAAACAUCCUUCCCCGGGGCGCUGCCAUUCAAGAUGGCCGACUUAAGGCGGGAGACAGACUCAUAGAGGUAAAUGGUGUCGAUUUAGCCGGCAAAUCCCAGGAGGAAGUCGUUUCACUGUUGAGAAGCACCAAGAUGGAAGGAACUGUGAGCCUUCUGGUCUUUCGUCAGGAAGACGCCUUCCACCCAAGGGAACUGAAUCCAGAGCCAAGCCAGAUGCAGAUUCCAAAAGAAACGAAACCAGAAGACGAGGAUAUUGUUCUCACGCCCGACGGCACCAGGGAAUUUCUGACAUUUGAAGUUCCACUGAACGAUUCGGGAUCCGCCGGUCUUGGCGUCAGCGUCAAAGGAAACCGGUCCAAAGAGAACCACGCGGAUUUGGGAAUCUUCGUCAAGUCCAUUAUCAACGGAGGAGCGGCGUCUAAAGAUGGAAGGCUGCGGGUGAAUGAUCAACUGAUAGCAGUCAAUGGGGAAUCCCUGCUGGGUAAGACGAACCAAGAUGCCAUGGAAACCCUCAGAAGGUCCAUGUCCACUGAAGGAAAUAAACGAGGAAUGAUCCAGCUGAUUGUUGCGAGGAGAAUAAGCAAGAGCAACGAGCCGAAGUCACCUGGGAGCCCCCCUGGACCUGAGCUGCCCAUUGAAACAGUGUUGGAUGACCGGGAACGAAGAAUUUCCCAUUCCCUGUACAGUGGGAUUGAGGGGCUCGAUGAAUCGCCCACCCGCAAUGCCGCCCUCAGUAGGAUAAUGGGUGAGUCAGGUAAAUACCAGCUGUCCCCCACAGUGAACAUGCCCCAGGAUGAUACUGUCAUCAUAGAAGAUGACAGGUUGCCCGUGCUUCCUCCACACCUCUCUGACCAAUCCUCUUCCAGCUCCCACGACGAUGUGGGGUUUGUGACGGCGGAUGCUGGAGCGUGGGCCAAGGUUGCCAUCAGUGACUCAGCCGACUGCUCUUUGAGUCCAGACGUCGAUCCAGUUCUUGCUUUUCAACGAGAGGGAUUUGGACGCCAGAGUAUGUCAGAAAAACGCACAAAGCAAUUUUCAGAUGCCAGUCAAUUGGAUUUCGUUAAAACACGAAAAUCAAAAAGCAUGGAUUUAGGUAGUUCCCCCAGUAGAGAUGUGGGACCUUCCCUGGGUCUGAAGAAGUCAAGUUCAUUGGAAAGUCUGCAGACAGCAGUCGCUGAGGUGACCCUGAAUGGGGACAUCCCUUUCCAUCGCCCACGGCCGCGGAUCAUCAGAGGAAGGGGUUGCAAUGAGAGCUUCAGAGCUGCCAUUGACAAGUCUUACGAUAAGCCUGCGGUGGACGAUGAUGACGAGGGCAUGGAGACCUUGGAAGAAGACACAGAAGAAAGUUCAAGAUCAGGGAGAGAGUCCGUCUCCACGGCCAGCGAUCAGCCUUCCCACUCUCUGGAGAGACACAUGAACGGAAACCAAGAGAAAGGUGACAGGACCGACAGGAAAAAGGACAAAACUGGGAAAGAGAAGAAGAAAGAGAGAGAGAAGGAGAAGGAUAAAAUGAAGGCCAAGAAAGGAAUGCUCAAGGGCUUGGGAGACAUGUUCAGGUUUGGCAAACAUCGAAAAGAUGACAAGAUUGAGAAAUCGGGUAAAAUAAAAAUGCAGGAAUCCUUGACAUCAGAAGAGGAGAAGACCCGAAUGAAGCAGGAGCAGGAGAGGAUUCAAGCCAAAACUCGUGAGUUUAGGGAACGGCAAGCCCGAGAGCGUGACUACGCUGAAAUCCAGGAUUUCCAUCGGACGUUUGGCUGUGAUGAUGAGUUGAUGUAUGGGGGAAUUGCUUCCUAUGAAGGUUCCAUGGCUCUCAACGCCAGACCCCAGAGCCCAAGGGAAGGGCACUUGAUGGAUGCCUUGUAUGCCCAAGUCAAGAAGCCACGGAAUUCCAAACCCUUACCUGUAGACAGUCACAGAUCAACGCCUAGCAACCAUGAUCGGAUACAGCGUCUGCGGCAGGAAUUCCAGCAAGCGAAGCAGGAUGAGGACGUGGAGGAUCGGAGACGCACCUACAGCUUUGAACAGCCCUGGCCCAACUCCAGGCCACCAGCGCAGAGCGGGCGACACUCGGUGUCCGUGGAGGUGCAGCUGCAGAGGCAGCGGCAAGAGGAGCGUGAGAACUUCCAGCAGGCCCAGCGCCAGUACAGCUCCCUGCCACGGCAAAGCAGGAAAAACGCCAGCUCGGUCUCCCAGGAUUCUUGGGAGCAAAGCUACUCCCCCGGGGAAGGCUUCCAGAGUGCCAAGGAGAACCCCCGGUACUCCAGCUACCAGGGCUCCCGAAACGGCUACCUGGGAGGACACGGCUUCAACGCCAGGGUCAUGCUAGAGACUCAGGAGCUGCUUCGCCAGGAGCAGAGGCGGAAAGAGCAGCAGAUGAAGAAACAGCCGGUUCCCGAGGGGCCCAACAACUAUGACUCAUAUAAGAAAGUCCAGGACCCCAACUACGCCCCUCCCAAGGGGCCCUUCCGGCAGGAUGUGCCCCCCUCGCCUUCUCAGGUCGCCAGGCUGAACAGACUCCAGACCCCCGAGAAAGGGAGGCCCUUCUACUCCUGAGCACGAGAAGAAUGGCUGCUUUGUGUCACGCAAUAAGAAACAUUUUCCUACGCAGACUUGUAUUUUGGGAGUUUUUUAAAAACCUCGAUGGUACUAUGGAAUAUUUCUGUUGUCGGUAUCAGUGCCUUUAAGCAGUGUGGGCAAAGAAACGGAGGCCUUAAUGUCUUUGCACGAUGUCUCAAGCGUCUGUGUCCUGGAAGGAUCUCCCCACCAUCUGACAAUCGUCUAGGGGAGGCGAUCGCGGGCCCUGUGUCUCUCUGGGGUCCCAGGCAUCUCGGCCCCAGCUCGUGAGAUGUCCGUGGCUCCGCACAACUUGUGGCGACCCGUGAACAUUAUUGAGGAGGAUGAGUGAGUCCCCGUCUUCCCCUCUAAGUUCUCUCCGCUCCGAGGCGGCAUCUCAGUCUGUGGUGGGUGCGAGUGGGCAACCUAUACCAAAAAUGGGGGCUUUCUUCCCAGCACAGUCAUCUGUAGUAUUUUGUCAUCGCCGUGGGUUUGCUUUUCCCCUCUCAGCUCCUCAUCAAAGGAAAGUUCCGUCACCCCAUGAAAGCAGCUAAGCCAUACCCCAGCACUGUUUGGUUGUCAUGGAAGUCUUUUUGUAACUGCCUUAUAAUUCAACAUUACCAAUAAAAUGAUGCUUCUAGUCUGUGUUUAUAAAUACACUUGUUCGCUCACGUUCCUGACACACACGUCCAGUCAGCACAGCUCAGCAUAGGAAACGUGGGAGCCGAGACGGGGGUGACCCCUGAUGGGAGAGGACCCAGCCUGCCCACCAGGUGGGCAGUGGGAGCUCAGACAAGAAUUUCCCCAGGAUGAGCUCAUGGCCCAGUGUAUCCCAGUAAUUAAUUAGUUUUUGUUUGGGCAGGUUGGCAGGAAGGGCAGAGACUGGGGCAAAGAGAAAUCAGAUAAUCGUUUCUGGAUUCUAAAAACUGAGUCACACUCUGCGUUUUUGAAAAGUUGGUCAGAAGGGAUGCCUGUCUCUGCCUGGCGAGGCCACGUUGUGAAACAACCCUGCCGUGAGACAUCCAAGACCAGUAAGGGGAAACGCUGUCAUACGUCACCCAGAGCACAUUUGGGGUCCCAACGCAGUGACAGCAGAAAGCUUGCGCUUGUGUCCGUGUUUUAACGUGGUGCGGGGCCGGAGCACUCCUGCUUUCCUGCUGGUCUGAACGUCCUGUCUUGUAAACCGUGGCUGGAUUGCUAAAGUGCCUGCAAAUCCCAAUGUGAAAAAAAGCUUGAGAUGAAAGCUCAACAUACUGUGUAUUAACAAAAAAGAAAAAACAAAAAGACAUGUAUUGAUAUGCCUAUUUUUUUUUUUUUUUUUACUGGCACGUUGUAUUUUUGUGUCGACUUGUUUUUUUAGAAACUCUGUGAAGCGUCCACACACACACGUACCUGUGUCCCGUCUGCCUCUCCCUGCCAUGGUUCUAUUUGUUAAUAAUAUGCAGCAGUGUCUAAAUGGCAUUCCCCAUGUACGCGCGGCGACCUUGGAUGACAGUGGCCCUUUCUCACAGCCUUCCCCGAGCUGUGAGAAACAGCUUUCCCUGUACAUACGAGACUUCUAAUAAAAGGCAUAUUUCUUCCUGUUC